GUGCAUGUGAGGCUCUGUGGCGUGUGUCUCUGUCUGCAGCCUGAGACUGACACUCUGACGCUCAGAGCGAACGUGGACCGAGUUCGCGGCGGCGUGCGUCCUCAGAGCUGCUGGGAUACUGUGCCUGCUGUUGUUCCAAUCUGUCCGGAGAUAAAGUCAGAGUUACGUGCAGAGCAGAGAAGUGGAGUGGAGGAUUUCAGAGCCGAGAGAGAGCAAUAAAGACACCAUGCCGAGGUCCUUCCUGGUGAAGAGUAAACGGGCCCACAGCUACCACCAGCCCCGCUACCUGGACGAUGGAUACGGCAGACUGGACACUAUUCUGGCUCACGUGUGCGCAGAGACAAAAUCUCAGGCGGAGUUUGAGUCCACCUUGGAGCCGCAGGAGGAUGGAAACGCCGGCGCUGACAGGCUGUCCCCCGGGUCCAGGCUGCUGUCCCCGGGGUCGCUGUCCUCCAGCUCCCCGCUGAGCUGCGGAGGCAGCGUGUGUGAGCGCUCCUCCGACUGUGAUUUCUGGCGUCCCCCAUCUCCCUCCUCCUCACCAGAUUCGGAGAAAUGCUCCACUCCGGCAGCGGAGGACUCCCACCACUUCAACAUCCCGCUCUUCCCUUACUCCUGGACGGCCUACUCCGGCUCGGAUCUGAGGCGUCUGGCCCAGGGCCCGUACCAUCACCAGCUCCAGGGCCACAGGGAGCCUCACUCACCCGUCAGCAUCUACGGCGCAGAGGACGGCGGCGCAGAGCCUCUUUACGCGCAGCGGGGCCCGGCGUCCGGAUGCUACCAGGACUUCUCUGCAGCGACCCGUCAGAUCUGCAGGAUGCGGGACGGAGACGAGCUGUACCUGGAUGUGAAGCAGAACCCCCGCGGGGCGGAAAUCAAGUCUGAAAGUGACUUCAUGUGCUCCAACCUCGAGUCGAGUGGAUCGUAUAAGUGCAUUAAAUGUUGCAAGGUGUUCUCCACACCUCACGGGCUGGAGGUCCAUGUGCGGCGAUCGCACAGCGGGACGCGGCCGUUUGAGUGCGGGAUCUGCGGGAAAACCUUCGGACACGCAGUGAGCCUGGAUCAGCACAGAGCGGUGCACUCGCAGGAGAGGAGCUUCAGCUGCAAAAUCUGCGGCAAAAGCUUCAAGCGCUCCUCCACGCUGUCCACGCACCUGCUCAUCCACUCGGACACGCGGCCCUACCCGUGCCAGUACUGCGGGAAGAGGUUCCACCAGAAGUCAGACAUGAAGAAACACACGUUCAUCCACACAGGUGAGAAGCCGCACAAGUGCCAGGUGUGCGGGAAGGCCUUCAGCCAGAGCUCCAACCUCAUCACGCACAGCAGGAAACACACGGGCUUCAAACCGUUCGGCUGUGACCUCUGCGGGAAAGGCUUCCAGAGGAAAGUGGACCUGCGGAGGCACAAGGAGACGCAGCACGGACACAAAUGAGCUGAUCUCGAUGCCUCAGCGUGAAAUCCUGCACUUUUUUUUUGUUCCCCUUAAUUUAUGUACUGUACACAUGGAUGCUGGUGUUUUAUUUGUAUUCUCUUAUUUGUUGCAUUGGCCUUUAAUCGUCUCGUUGAAUGUAGUUCGUUAUUUAGCCUCAGACUUUCUGGUUGAUUUUAUGAUAAUAAAAGUUUAUUUAUGAAGUG